UUGAUAAAACCUUCCUAAUUCAAACAUCAUCGUCGUCGAUAAAGAAACCGUUACUAGAGCAAACCGCCCACAGUUCACCUGAAGAAGAAAAGGAAGAGGAGGAAGAAGGAGAAGAAGAGGGAAAGGUGGUCGAAAGGGCGAGAGUCGGAAUGGAAACGGAAGAUUGGGAUUUGAGUGCGGAGGAACUUGAUUCACUCGAACGAGACGCUUUCAGACAGAUUGCUCUCCGCAAUUCUUCUUCUUCCACCGCUUCCGUUUCCAAUAACUCCAUUCACUCCUCUAACCCCAACCCCAACCCCAACCCCAUCAUUCCUUCUCUUCCCCGCAAGGUAGAUGAUUUGCCCCCUGGGUCCAGAAUACCACCCCCAUCUACAGUAGUCAGAGGUAACUGCUCAAAGGAACUCCACAAGCUCUCUGUCAAGUUUUUUCUUCAUGCUAGUGGAAAUAUUGCUGCAAAAUUUUCAUACGACCCGGUAGUUGUGGGUGCGUUCCGAAAGAUAUCCAAAGCCAGUUGGAAUGCAAAAGAAAGAUUAUGGAUGUUCCCUUUGUCUUCUUUGUCGUCAGCUGAAAAGGUUCUCCAUGAAAUAACCGGUAUCAAUGUUGAGAUAGAGAACAUAGAUCCCUUGGUGCGGCGAGCGAUUGAUGCUGCUACAGCUGUUCCAGAUCUUCGAGAUCGAUAUGAUAGGAUCCCAAGUUACAUCGAAACAAAGCUUCUGCCAUUCCAGCGUGAUGGUAUUAGGUUUGUAUUGCAGCAUGGAGGUCGUGUCCUUCUAGCAGAUGAGAUGGGACUAGGAAAGACCCUACAGGCCAUUGCUGUAACAACUUGUGUUCGUGACUCAUGGCCUGUUCUUGUUCUUACCCCUUCUUCUUUACGUUUGCAUUGGGCUUCUAUGAUCCAACAAUGGUUGAAUAUCCCAUCAUCAGAUAUCCUUGUGGUUUUAUCUCAGUGGAGUGGAUCUAACAGGGGUGGAUUCAGAAUUGUACCCUCAAACACGAAGGGCACUAUUCAUCUGGAUGGUGUGUUCAACAUUAUCUCCUACGAUGUUGUCCUUAAGUUACAGAAAAUACUAGCAGAAUCAGAGUUUAAGGUUGUGAUUGCAGAUGAGUCACACUUCUUGAAGAAUGCUCAAGCAAAGAGAACAAGUGCUUCCCUUCCAGUUUUACAGAAAGCUCAAUACACAAUUUUGCUCAGUGGAACUCCUGCUUUAUCACGGCCGAUUGAGCUAUUCAAGCAGCUUGAAGCCUUGUAUCCGGAUGUAUAUAGGAAUGUUCACGAAUAUGGUAAUCGAUAUUGCAAGGGUGGUGUAUUUGGAAUGUAUCAAGGUGCAAGUAACCAUGAAGAAUUGCACAACCUGAUGAAAGCAACUGUGUUGAUCCGCAGGCUUAAAAAAGAUGUACUGUCUGAGCUUCCUGUGAAACGCAGGCAACAGGUCUUCCUAGAUUUGGAUGAAAAGGACAUGAAACAAAUCAACGCUUUAUUUCGUGAGUUGGAGGUGGUAAAAAGCAAAAUCAAGGCCAGCAAAUCCAAAGAGGAGGCUGAAUCACUAAAAUUUUCUGAGAAAAAUCUUAUUAAUAAGAUAUAUACUGACUCUGCACAAGCCAAGAUUCCAGCAGUCCUAGAUUACCUGGGAACUGUUGUUGAGGCAGGCUGCAAGUUUCUAAUAUUUGCACACCAUCAGCCGAUGAUUGAUUCAAUCUUCCAGUUUCUUGUGAAGAAAAAGGUUGGUUGCAUUCGAAUUGAUGGCAGUACUCCUUCAUCAUCAAGGCAGGCUUUUGUUACAGAUUUUCAGGAAAAAGAUACUAUUAAGGCAGCAGUGCUAUCUAUCAAAGCUGGAGGUGUUGGGUUAACUUUGACAGCUGCAAGCACAGUUAUUUUUGCAGAAUUGUCUUGGACUCCAGGCGACUUAAUUCAAGCAGAAGACCGCGUCCAUAGGAUUGGCCAGGUGUCAUCGGUUAAUAUACACUACCUGCUAGCAAAUGACACAGUCGAUGACAUAAUAUGGGAUGUUGUCCAGAGCAAGUUGGAAAAUCUGGGACAGAUGCUUGAUGGCCACGAAAAUACCUUGGAAGUUUCAGUCAGCCAGCCAAGAAGUAGCCCUUCAAAGCAGAGAACAAUAGACUCUUUCAUGAAGCGCUGUAACAAUGUGGACAACCCAGAGCAUCAGCCCAAUCUCAAACACCCCAGAAACUGAACAUACCCAACUAAAAUGAUAAUGUUUUCUUUGUGCCCUAAUGCACAUAUGUAAGUAAAUAUGCAUGCACUGGCACAUAUCUAUGUGCUUCAAAUGGGCUACAAACAAUCUGCCCCCUGCAGUAGUAGUGUGCAUCUUUUUGGGUUAUGGGCAUCUUGGUGGAGCUCGGAUUUGGCUUUAGUACUUUGUGUAAAUUGGAUUACUCCAUCUAUGAAUCAGUGGGUAGCAUUGUGAACAUCAGGACUGUAAUAUAUCUCUGUUUGGAUCCAACUUUUCCAUUUGAGAUUUAUACGUGACAUGAUAAAUAUGAAAAUAAUUUUGGUCACUUUCA